CUUCCUCGAGUGCAAUUCAACUCGACCAACUUUUCUAAACCGGACUAUUCAACACUAUGGUGUAUUCCAACAGCCGCGUUGGAACGCGUGCUCUAAUUAAGACGGCGGUGGUGUGCGCGCUCAGCUUGAGCGCCGUUCCUGCUGUCAGUGCCGAUGGCUCAACCUCGUCGUCUGCCGAAGUCUGCGGAGUAUCGGAUGGUGACAAGAGUGCCGGCAUCCGCGUCGUCGAGGACUCUGCGUGUGCUUCGGGUGGAAUUGGCUGCUACAACGAUCACUGUCGCUUCUGUAAGCUCCUGGAGACGCCGCAAUCAGGUGCCUUUGAAAACUGCACAAGAUUCGGCGUGGAGUUCCCGACCAUGGCCCCUCUGGUUCCCUCCACUGGAGUGUGUGAAGUGUCUAGCGGCGAUGUAGCCGUCGGUAUCUCGGCGUUCACGGAUGACACAUGCCUGUACGGCGGUCUGGGCUGCUUCAACGAUCACUGCCGCUUCUGCAAGGAGACGAAAACUGCGCAGUCGGAGGCUUUCGUAGAUUGCCCAAACAGCAGCUCUACUGGUUCAGCAACCGAUGCGCCGGCUAACACUCCAGCCAGCUCUCACAGCAGUACUGCUGGCUCAGCUACCGAUGCACCGACAGACACCCCGGCCAGUUCUCACAGCAGUAGCAGCAGUAGCGUCGACAAGGAUGUAUGCACUCUAGUUCCCCCGGCUGGUGACGUUGAAGUCGGCAUCAGCAUCGGCACGGAUGUUACGUGCAAGGCUGGUGGCCUGGGCUGCAUCAACGACGUGUGCCGUUUCUGCCGCAUCCGGACGACGACCAAGUCACUUACUUACCAGGACUGCUCUUUCCUCGGAACGAGCGACGCCAACGCCGGAACUCCGACGCCGGCUGAGACUCCGUCGGCGACCACCGAAGCCCCUCUCGCUGUGAUCGACAGCCCGACAGCAACCACGGCUACCCCCGACGCCUCAACAGAGGCUCCUUCGGAUUCCACCGAUGCCCCGACCACGACUACAGAGGCUCCCGCUCCUGCUUCCACAACGGUGGCCCCUCUUCCCGACACGUGUACCAUCAUUCCUUCUGUCGGCGAUGCUGCAGUCGGCAUCAGUAUCGUCUACGAUCGGGAGUGCACCUCCGGCGGUGUCGGCUGCGUGACCGAUGUUUGCCGUUUCUGCAAGGUGACGACUUCCUCUCAGUCCGCCGCUUUCUUGGACUGCGCCCAAUUCGCAAGUGACGCGUCGACUUCUAAUGAUGUGCCGGUCGUGGACAAUGGCUCGGACUCUAAGGACGCGUCCGGUGCAGUGGCAGAUACCCCUGCCGGAACUGAGGCACCGGCAGCAACCACGGCGACGCCUGACACGACUACCGAAGCCCCGACUCCGGAUGCCACAACUGCAGCGCCGACAGGAAAAACAUGCAGUCAAACCGCAUCGGAGGGUGAUGCUGCAGUCGGCAUUAAUAUCGUCACGGAUACGACCUGCGGUUCUGGUGGCGUUGGUUGCAUUGACGAUAUUUGUCGAUUCUGUAAGACCUCCGAGACUCCCCAGUCUGCCGCCUUCGUGGAUUGCUCCUCAACCUCUUCAUCUCCUGCUGCCUUUACUGCUUCUGAUGCAGACACCGAGGCCCCAACCGACGCUCCUACCGAAGCCCCCACUGAAGCCCCCACUGAAGCCCCCACUGAAGCCCCUACUGAAGCCCCCACUGAAGCCCCUACGGAUGCUCCCACCGAUGCACCCACCGAUGCACCAACGGAUGCUCCCACCGAUGCACCCACCGAUGCACCAACGGAUGCCCCGAGUGGGGAAACAUGCGCGCAGACCCUCUCUGAGGGUGAUGCCGCAGUUGGAAUUAGCAUCCUCACAGAUACCUCGUGCAGCACCGGUGGCGCGGGCUGUAUUGACAGCAUUUGCCGCUUCUGCAAGACCAGUGAAACCCCUCAGUCUGCUGCCUUCGUGGACUGCCCCUCGGGCUCUAGCACUGACACGACCGUUCCCGCUGACACUGAGGCCCCAACUGAGGUACCUACCGAAGCUCCAACAGAAGCACCUACUGAAGCCCCGACGGACGCGACCACCGAUGCCCCCACUGAGGCGCCGAGUAGCGAAACCUGCACACAAACCGUGACUGACGGUGACGCCGCUGUCGGCAUCAACAUCGUUACGGACACUUCGUGCAGUUCUGGUGGCGUCGGCUGCAUCGACAGCGUGUGCCGUUUCUGUAAGGUAAGCGAAUCGGAACAGUCCGCUUCUUUCGUCGAGUGUAGUUCGAUCGCGGGUACGACGAAUGUGGAGGCAUUGACGGACAACGCAGAGGCUGAGACAUCGACGCAGUCGAUUGCAAGUGAGGCAAAAGCCGAGAUUUUGAGCAAGGAACAGAUCGGCGCAGCCGUCGCAGGCUGUGUCGGAGCUAUUGCUGCCGUGGCUAUCGUUACCCGCGCGGCCAAGCGUUUGUCAACUGACGCCUCUAACCCGAACGAGCCGGCGGACAAUGACGACGACGAUGUCGAUGAAACGGAGUCCGGCAAGCGUGUAUCCCCCGGCCCCGUGCCUUCGGAGGACCCUGCUACUGCCGAGGCGUAAAUUUACACUCUAUUUUGCAUGACCAGGCAUCAAAGCGAAACAGAUCUUAGUGGUGAUAAAAAACUUUUUUCACUCUCUAA